AUGUCUCAACCUCGAAAGAGGAGCUGGCGCGACGUGGUCGACCUCACCGGCGAGAACAGUGACCACGAACCCCCCUCACAGACAAGAAGGCUUCACUACGCGACAUCCACAUCCAUCCCGACGCCUACACUAACUCUCGAGCCGGACUCUGUGGACUUGACUCAGGAAGAUGAUGGACCAAUUAGAGAGCUGUACGGGACAUUUGACGGAAAGAUCGUUGGUAUAAGAUAUUAUAACGGUCGCGUGUCUCCGGGCGAACUUGUCUUGUGCAUCAGAGAACCACAGAACAAGUUCGACAGCAACGCAAUUCGUAUUGACAAUGUAAUGGGCCAGCAAGUUGGUCAUCUACCUAGGAAGGUAGUGACGAAGCUCGCUCCCUAUGUCGACCGCGGUGACUUGGUGAUAGAGGGUCAACUGACCGGCGAGAAGGGGUUCUACGACUGUCCAGCCAAGCUCUCCUUCUAUGGACCGAGUGAUGCCACACAGAGAGCCACCAUCGAGGCCAACCUAAAAAAGGACAAGCUCGUGAAAGCAACGCAGCUUAAGCAGACUAAGAAGGAUGCUGAAGCUCGGAGGCGCAUUCAAGAUUUGCGGAACGGAGGGUCAACCGCUGGCGUAGGGGAAGCCGUCGUCAUCGAGGACGAACCAACUGUUACACUUGUGAGCCUGCUCAGCAACAGCGAGGCUGUGGACUUUAGGGCAGACAAGGAUGCGAUCAAGACCUUGGCUCUUAGCGAGGAACAGCUCGCACAGAUGCCUCAGGCGGCACAGCCUCCCCAACUGUCCGCGACAUUGCUACCAUACCAACUGCAAGCGCUGGCGUGGAUGACGGCAAAGGAGCAUCCCUCGCUUCCCAAUACCGACAAGGAUGACGCAGUGCAGCUCUGGAGACGGCACCCGAACAAGUUGUAUUGGAACAUUGCGACCGACUUCUACACGAAAAUUCCACCACAGCUCCUCUCUGGUGGUAUACUCGCCGAUGACAUGGGUCUCGGCAAAACUCUCGAGACGAUCAGCCUUAUUGUUACAGGUGGUCCAGGCUCAACACUGAUCGUCGCCCCCGUGAGUGUGAUGAGCAACUGGGAGCAGCAAAUACAGAGACAUGUCCGCAAGGAGAAUCAGCCUUCGACCAUAAUCUACCACGUCGGCAAGAAACUAACCGCCAAGGAACUGUUGGAAUAUGACGUUGUCAUCACAAGCUACGGAAAACUCACGUCAGACAGCAUCUUGACAUCAGACAAGGUGGAGUGGCGGCGCGUGGUUCUCGAUGAAGGCCACACGAUUCGAAACUCGAAGACAAAGGUGGCCAUGGCCGCUUACAAGCUCCAGGCCAAGUCACGCUGGGUCCUCACAGGCACACCGAUCAUCAACCACGUGAAGGAUCUUCAAUCUCUGGUCAGGUUCCUUGGCAUUAGGGGUGGCAUCGAGCAACCAGACAUCUUCAACAGCGUGAUAACACGCAGGCUGGGAGAUAGUGACCGCGUGGGCGAGGCGCUCCUGCAGAACCUCAUGCAGGACGUGUGCUUGAGGCGCCGAAAGGACAUGAAGUUUGUCGACCUCAAGCUACCUGAGAAGAAGGAGUUUGUACAGCGCAUUCCAUUCUACCCUGAGGAGAAGCAGAAGUACGACGCACUACUGGCAGAAGCCAAAGGUGCUUUGGAGCAGUUUCAAGCCAGGGAGAAUGUUCAGACAGGUGGUCGCUUCACCAAUGUGCUUGAACGUCUAUUGCGACUCCGCCAAGUCUGCAACCAUUGGACCCUGUGCAAAUCCCGCGUGGAGGAUCUCAUGCGUCUGCUAGAGGACGAGGACGUUGUGGAAUUGACGCCGAAGAAUACUGCACUGCUCCAAGAAGCUCUCAGGCUCUACAUUGAGUCGCAAGAAGACUGCGCCAUCUGCUACGAUACUCCUGCUGCACCAGUCAUCACACACUGCAAGCACGUUUUCUGCCGCGGGUGCAUAACUCGCGCAAUCCAGAUCCAACACAAGUGCCCCAUGUGUCGUAACCAGCUGGAGGAAGAUCACCUCCUCGAACCAGCCCCGGAAGAAGGCGAGGCCGACGUCAACUUUGACGGCGAGACGCAGAGCUCCAAGACUGAAGCAAUCACCCAGAUCAUCAAGGCGGUGACGAACAAGCGCGGUUCCAAAGUCAUCGUCUUCUCGCAGUGGACGAGCUUCCUGACCGUCGUGCAGGCCCAGCUUGAAGCAAAAGGCAUCAAGUUCACCAGGAUUGAUGGUAGCAUGAACAUUGCCAAACGCGAUCAAGCCAUCGCUGCGCUAGACAACGACGACGAAACACGAGUCAUGCUCGCAAGUCUGUCAGUCUGUAGCGUGGGACUAAAUCUGGUGUCUGCGGACACUGUUAUUCUUUCUGACAGCUGGUGGGCGCCUGCGAUCGAGGACCAGGCUAUUGACCGCGUGCACCGACUAGGGCAAACGCGCGAGACGACAGUCUUCCGUCUCGUGAUGGAGGGAUCGGUGGAGGACCGAGUACUGGAUAUUCAGCGCGACAAGAGGGAGCUCGUCAGCAAGGCUUUCCAUGAGAAAGGAGAGAACAAAAAGAAGGCCAAGGAGACGCGCUUGGCUGACCUGCAGAAACUCCUGGGUUGA